AUACAAAGGCACGGCCGAACACUCGAACACAACACCGGAUCGAACAAUCUCUCCGCCUGCCGCAUCGCCGCCGCCGCCGCCGCCGCCCAUGGCCGCCGUCGCUCCCGUCGUCUCCGACCUUGUCGACUUCCUCAACGCGUCGCCCACUGCCUUCCACGCCGUCGACGAGGCGAAGCGGCGGCUGAAGGCGGCGGGGUUCGCGCAGCUCUCGGAGCGGGAGGAGUGGUCGGGGCUCGAGCCCGGCCGCAAGUAUUUCUUCACACGCAACCACUCCACCAUCGUUGCCUUCGCCAUCGGCGGCAAAUACGUUGCUGGCAAUGGGUUCCACGUCAUCGGUGCGCACACUGACAGCCCUUGCCUCAAGCUCAAGCCCGUCUCCAAGGUAACCAAAGGAGGUUAUCUUGAGGUUGGGGUACAAACAUAUGGUGGUGGAUUGUGGUACACAUGGUUCGACCGUGAUCUUACUAUAGCUGGUAGGGUGAUCACACGAGAGAAGAGGGAUGGCGGGGUCUCAUAUGCACAUAAGCUUGUACGGGUGCAAGAGCCAAUCCUAAGGAUUCCUACUUUGGCUAUUCACCUUGACAGGACUAUCUCCUCAGAAGGCCUCAAAAUUAACAAUCAGAGUCAUCUUGUUCCAGUGCUGGCUACAUCUAUCAAGAAUGAAAUGCAGAAAAUAGUGGGAGAAAAUGGCCCAAAGGAGUCAUCGGAGAAUAAGAACACGAAGCACCAUCCAUUACUGUUGCAGUUGAUUGCUAAAGAGGCUAACUGUGAGCCUGAUGAAAUAUGCGACUUCGAACUGCAACUUUGUGAUACUCAACCAAGUGCUGUAGCAGGUGCCAUGAAAGAGUUCAUCUUUUCAGGACGGCUUGACAACCUUUGCAUGUCAUUUUGUUCAUUGAAGGCCCUAAUCGACUCAACUUCUGCUGAACAAUCACUUGAUCAUGAAUCUGGUGUGCGAAUGGUAGCUCUCUUUGACCAUGAGGAAGUUGGGUCUGAUUCUGCUCAGGGAGCUGGUUCCCCUGCCAUGUUAGACGCUUUAUCAAGAAUCACGGGGUCUUUUAACUCUUCAAAUUCCAAGUUGCUAGAAAAAGCUAUUCAGAGGAGCUUUCUGGUGUCUGCUGACAUGGCACAUGCUUUACACCCCAAUUAUAUGGACAAGCAUGAGGAGAACCACCAACCAAAAUUGCACGGAGGACUUGUGAUCAAGCAUAACGCCAAUCAACGUUAUGCUACAAAUGCUGUGACAGCAUUUAUUUUCCGAGAAAUUGCUGAGAGGCACCAACUACCCGUCCAGGAUUUCGUUGUUCGAAAUGACAUGGGUUGUGGUUCAACAAUUGGCCCAAUACUUGCCAGUGGUGUGGGUAUCCGUACUGUUGAUAUUGGUGCACCACAACUAUCAAUGCACAGCAUCAGAGAAAUGUGUGCCACUGACGAUAUUAGCCACGCGUAUGAGCAUUUCAAGGCAUAUUUUGAAGAAUUCACUGAGUUAGAUAGCAAGGUCAAGGUGGAUUAUUAAGGUAGUGAAACACAAUAGGGUAGCUUUGUUGCACGGUAUUUACUACAAAAUCAAUGAAUAAGUAAAAAGACAAAUCAGGAGGAUGUAUUAUUGUGUUCUAAAUUUUAGCUUAGCACUGGCAAGAUAUUUCUUAAGAAGCAUUUGGCUUGUGGUUGCAUGCUUAAAAUACAUUGCUACAAAUCUCUCUUAUUUAUUGGCGCAAUGCAAGGUUCCAAUCUCUACCAUGAAAA